UCCUGUGCUCUGCUAUUGUGCUGUGCAGUGCAGUGCAGUGCAGUGCCUACGUGAUUUAAAGCAGACCAGAAAAGCUUGGAGAAAGAAAAUGGAUGGAUAUGGCUGACCAAUCUCUCUCUCUCUCUCUCUCUAUAUAUAUAUAUAAUAUAUGUAUAUGCAUGUAUAGUUGAGAGUGGAGUCUGAUGAGAUCUUUGAUAGUGGUAUGGUGUGGUGUGAUGUAAAUGUAAUUCGUAACUGAAUAACAGAAUUAAGAAGAAAGGAAUCUAUCUAUCUAUCUAUCGAUUAGCAGCUAUUCAGAAAGUAAAUCGAUCGAUUCGAUGGUUACCUGAUUGAUGCGCAUAUGCUCCGAUGUUUCUGAUGCUGCACUCGCCGCCGAUUGUCGACCAGUUGAUUCCGUGCUCCUCGACAAUUUAUAUAUUCCGCGCGGGAAAUUAGGUAUCAAAAAUUGGGGGAAAUGGUGGAUAACCGUCGCACGUUGGUGGUGUUUCUGGUUGUGGCGAUAGCAGCAGCAGCGACGGCGGCGGGCGGUGGAGUCGGAGUAAACUGGGGGACGAUGGCGGCGCACCAGCUGCCGCCGUCGAAAGUGGUGGAUAUGCUCAAGGAGAACGGUUUCGAUCGCGUCAAGCUGUUCGACGCCGACGCAAACAUUCUAGAUGCUCUCUCCGGCACCGACAUUGAAGUCAUGGUUGCACUGCCGAACUACAUGCUCGUCGAGAUGAGCCUCGGCGGCGCCACCGCCGCCGCCGCCUGGGUGGACGCUAACCUCACAGCCUACGCUUAUCCCGGCGGCGUCAAUAUCAGGUAUGUAGCAGUGGGGAAUGAGCCAUUUCUGAAAACCUACAACGACACAUACCUGAAGCACACAUUACCAGCGCUGAAGAACAUUCAGGAAGCAAUCAACAAGGCAGGAUUGGGAUCCCAAAUAAAGGCCACAGUCCCUUUCAAUGCAGAUGUCUACUUCUCCCCUGAAUCCAAUCCCCUGCCUUCCGCCGGCGACUUCCGACCGGAGAUCCGCGACCUCACCGUGCAAAUCCUCCAGCAGCUCCACACCAACGACGCCCCUUUUGUCGUCAACAUAUACCCCUUUCUAAGCCUCUACGCCAACGUCUACUUCCCUCUCGACUACGCCUUCUUCGAUGGACCGAAUCGCCCCAUAAGGGACGCCCAGAACGUCUACACCAACGUUUUCGACGCCAACUUCGACACCUUAGUAUGGUCCUUAACAAAAGCAGGCUACCCUGACAUGAAGAUCAUAGUCGGCGAAGUCGGGUGGCCAACCGACGGAGACAAGCACGCGACCAUUCCGUACGCAAGGAGAUUCAACCAAGGGCUGCUGCAGCACGCGCUGAACGGGCAAGGAACGCCGGCCCGGAAGGGAAAAAUAGACUUCUACUUAUUCAGCCUCAUCGACGAGAGCGCCAAGAGCAUCGACCCGGGGAUGUUCGAGCGACACUGGGGGAUAUUCGAGUACGACGGUAAGCCCAAGUACGAGCUCGACUUACUGGGGACGCACGACGGAACCAGAGGGCUUGCAGCUGUGCAGGGGGUGAGCUACAUGGUGAGAAGAUGGUGCGUGCUGAACCCGAAGCUGAAACUGAAGGACAUCGAUCAGGACUUGCCGGGGAAUAUCGACUAUGCGUGCAGCCUCUCGGACUGCACGGCGCUCGGGUACGGGUCGUCAUGCAACCACAUCGGGGUGCGGGGGAACGCAUCGUACGCGUUCAAUAUGUAUUACCAGCUGAAGGAGCAGAAAGAAUGGGACUGUGACUUCUCAGGGCUGGGGAUGAUCACAGAAGAAGAUCCUUCAGAUGAGAAAUGUAAGUUCCCUGUGAUGAUAGCUCAUGGCUAUUCCAUGGUAAUGCUGCACAAGAAGCUUGUCAAUAUUUUGCUAGCUGUUCUUGAAGGUUGUAUAGUCAUUUUGCUUUUGGUUUCUUAGUCCUGUCACCAAACAUGAUCAUAGUUUUUCAUAUCAUGAAUUGCUUUUACUCCCACGUCGAAUCGAUGUUUCGAGAUCAAAUCUUCGUAGUUACGAGGUUUUUCAGGAGCUGUAGAUGUCAUAUUACUUUACAGCAGGAUUCAUAUUACAGUCGAACACACCUUUUAUUUGUUCAAA